UGUUUUCCUCAACUUGGUCGAUUUACAUUACGUGAUGAAGGUCGAACAGUUGCAGUUGGCAAAGUUCUUAAAAUAAUUGAGUAA